AUGGCCGUCAUAUGGGGUCUCGACCUCCAUGAGAUACAAUGGAACAAAUUCAAGGGAGCGAAGAUGUUCAACCGCGCGUACCACCUGCGUCGCACCAAGAUGAUUGUCUAUCAGAUGGCCAUGAUAUUCUGCGUCAUUUCUGAAUCUGUUGGAACGGCCGCUCUAUCAGAUUAUCUCGACCAACAAGAUGCCAUCCAGCAACAGCACCCCGAAGCCAAGGUUCACAACAACGACUUCAUCGGCGCCGCCUCGUAUAACAUCUUCGUCGGAGUUUCCGUUGCGACCAUCUUCGGCGCCGCGUUUUUCUUCGACCUGUUCUGGCCGGAAAGACACGAGAGUAAAUCUGUUCGGCUGGCGUGGAAGAUAUCUGGGGUGGUGGUAUCCGUGAUGAUGCUCGCGUCGGCUCUGACCAUGACCAUCAUCACUGCCACGCAUAGCGCCCAGAUCACGGGGACCGACGACGACUCCGCCAGGAAAUUCUGGGCGGAAGCGGCCAAGAAGCCUGCUCUGCCUAUUGCGUCCGUCGUCUUUGCCUGGCCUGGCUGGGUUGCCACUGUUGCGAGGAGACUGCUGAUGCAGGAUAGUACUGUCAUUCUGUUCGUGUCCCAUAAGCAUGACGACAAGCUGGGCCCGAAAUCGAACUAUGGACGCGAGACGGAGAGCGUGCCGGCGAUCCUUGAGACAGGAGAGAAAACAACAACUGCAUAG